CCUCUUCGUCACUCUCGUGUCUUCGAUGAUCGUUCAACGCGCACAGUACAAAUUUACGUAAACAAAACGUGCACCGAAAACGCCGUCGAACUUGCACGCUUCCCGAACAACGAUACACUCGCGUAACCAAUGCUCGCGAUCAAUUUCGACGAAUCAGCGACUCCGAGUCACUCGCCGCUAAAUCGUUCCAGAGGUGUCACUUUCGAUUAUCGAUACUUUAUCGGCACCUUAUUCGUAUCGAAUCUUAGAGAGCGGAGUCAUUGAAUUUGAUUCGAAUAGAAUGCCACGAGUAUUAAGUUUAUCGUUGUUUAUUGUUUACGAUUGCCGAUUAGAUUUUGAAAUUUCAUCUCGACAGCAUUGUUCGCGUGAUGAUUGCCGAAUAAUUGAACCGUUAAUGAAACUCGUAAUUCUACGUAACGCGUGCAACAUAGUUUCUCUUAAUUAACUUAUUGGAUGUGGAAAGCAGUGAAAUUUUUGAAAGUUUGCAUUACUCUCGAAAACUUGUAUUAACGAUCGAUUGUGCGCAGAUCGAUUGCGACACCUAUUCCUCCUCGGUAUUAUUUAUGAAGCGUGUCAAUCAGCGCUCGCGAGGACAAAUCGAUUUGUGUACACGAUACAAUGCUCCUUUCGUUAAGGAACAUAACAGUUUUCGAAUACACGGAAGCUAUUAUUGUUCUGAUCUAGACAUUCGAUGAUAUUGAAUACGUAUAAAAGCAAUCGACUACAAUUGGCAUGAUUAGCAUGUGUUUGCACUUGUUAUGUUACGAUCAUGGCAGCGCCAACGACGCGAAGCCGACAUCACGCUGUUCGCUCGCGGAAAGAAGUCUAAUUCGUGGAAAGUUGGGGAAAUCUGUGAAACAACCUGUAAACGAUGUUAAUGUCCAAUGCGAAGUGAAGCGCGUUUAUAUUCAAUUUUACACAAUCGAGCAACGCGGAAGGAAAGUAGGACCGUUUCACCCUUGACUUUUCACCGUUUCUACUUGCUUUGUUGAACAAAAUUUUAUUAUACAGCAAUCACGAAUAGUGACGAACACGGACAACUAUGAAAUCCAACUCGAUGCAGCAGGAUAGGCUUGUUAAACAGAACGAGAUUAGCCGUCAAAGGCUUGAGCAAGAAAUUGUGAAACUGGAGAAGGUGGAAAAGUCGGACUUGAGGAUGAUGGAGACUGUGAGGCAUCGGUUUCGUACGCGACACAAGAACCUGAACAUCUCUGAACAAUCAUCUGGAUCAAACGCUAUCAACGUGCGCAUGUACGAAACCCAUAAUCCUGGCUUUUGCUACCAUUGCACGGGUGCCAUCAAAGAAAUCGGUCGACCGAUCAAAGAGCAUAUUACCAAAGAUUGCUACGAGUUCGUGCGAUCGAUAGUGUUCACCAAAGACGAGGUAGACCCCGACAAAGUUCUUUGCCUUCAUCUGUUAACAGCGCACAGCCCAAAGUGGAACAACAUCGACUCCGCCAUGGUCAAACCUGUCUCGCCUUUAUUAGAAGAAGCUAAGAAUAAACCUUUCUCUGGCGCAUGGAACAACGUCUUGCCCUGUUACGUGGUCGUUCUUGAAGAAAAGCCGACCGACAUGAAACUACAUGAAAAUCCAGCAGAGCAGUGUUUGGAGGAGCAAACCAUUCGCGAGUUUGAGGAAAAGUAUAAGCAAUACGUGGAGAACAAUACUGAUUUUAAUAAUAAUAAUAAGCGGGCAAGGACAACGUUACACUGUUUGGAGAAAACUCCAACGAUAACUCCGCACGUUUAUUCUUUGCUGGGUGCUUCUCACGAGCUGAGAAUCAAGCAAGCGCUCGCCGAAGGUGUUGCCAGGAAAAAAUUAGAUCGUUUCAACAUGGAACUAAGUGGAUUGGACGAGAAGAGUCUGUCUUUCCAUCUAGACGACGACGAGGAUGAUCUCGUAAGCAGAGGGACGACAAAUAUGUCCAAUAGAAAUUGGAUCACGAGAUCGACGAGGAGUCCGUCCAGAAGAUCCGCGAUGGGUUCGUUUAGGCUCGAUCACGAUAUUACCAUGUUGAAAUCCAAGCGACGAAAGAACUUCGAUGGCACUUGCAAAGAUCUCAUUAUUAUAAAGUCUAGUUUCACUAAAGAUGCACCGUCCAAAACUCCCAGCACUAAAUCUCAGUUUCACAACAUGUUCGACAGCCGUCCAUCAUCGAAUUCCGUCCUUUCGUACAAUCAAACAGAACCUCAAACAACGCAGUUUAAAAAGUGUAUUUAUUUAAAUGCACCGCCCCGAUCCAUCGAACUUCGUAAGAAAGAUUACAAAAUUGUGCCGAUCCUUGUAAAUUAUCAGCUUCAGGCAUUGGUACAAACGGUAAUCGAGGUUCUCGAAAGGGUGAACCCUGAAAAAUUAAGGAAAAUAAUGGAGACAGUCAGAGAUACAGAUAAAAUCAAAGAAAUGUUGUUGCGACCAGAGAUACUAAACUUUGCGCAAUCCUUGUUGGGUCAGUCUUUGGUAUCCUCGCCAGAGAGCUUCGUCGUUUCGGUUGCGACCGUGGCGAAUGAAAUAGAUUUUCGGUUCGGAGGAAUUCUAGAGAAGGAAAUAAUCGCUUUGACUUUGGAAGUGCCGUCGAUUUCCCCGUUCGACUGUCUGAUUGCCGAGAUACGGAGGAACAUAUUUCACAAGAAAAAGUCGAGUCGGCUGAACGAGAAUGCUUUUCUCGACAAAAUUUUCUGUGCCCGAAAUAAAAGAAGAACCGAAAAGGAAAACGCAGAAAUUUCAUUAAACGCCAUACCCACGGAUAAUAAAUCGAAAAUUAAACGGUUCUCCAACACCGGUAAAAAUAAAAAUUACGCAAGGGAAAGAUCUGCCAAGCUUCAGGAAACUUCCAGAAACGGCGAGAAUUGCAUUGCAAACAAGUCACGGGAAGAUAACGUCGAGCAAGGCAACGAUAUAAAACGCAGUGGCAGCUGGAGGAAAACCUCAAAGAUAAAAAGCGUGGAGCAAUCGUCAAUUUCAGGAAGUAAUAUCACUAAACGCGCCUCGAAUUUUAAAACUUGGAAAACUGCCCGGGAUCAUGGACAUUUAGACGCCGAUCAUGUAAUAUUGCGAAGAAUGACGAACCCGCAAAGAAUUCUAGUAGGACAAAUGUGUGCCUCUCUUAAGGCCAGGAAAAUUAAUAACCAAGGUUUAAUUAACGAAAGCGUUCCGCUUGCGGCAUUAAUUGCACCGGCUCUUUCACGUGAUUGCAUUAAAUUCUUGACCCGAGGAACGGUAUAUACGAAAAUAAACCCGAUAAACGAGCAAGAAGAAAUGGAAAAUAAUGUUACAGUCCCGGAUAAACUGACCGGUUCUCUUCUUGCUAAGAUACGGCAAGAUAUGACGGAAAGCGAAACGAAGCGACGUUUGAUAUGUUUCCUGAACAAGGACGUGACGUAGUUAAAAUGAAGCAUUGUUUAUAAUCGUUUUAAUGGAUUUGAUGACUUUUUAUGUAAUAAAAGAUUGAAAAGGUUCAAGUGAUUCCUAAUGUAAAAUUUAGACGCAACAUUUCUUAGUACAUAUGUAAUUUGAAAGCAGUGCUGCCUGCGCCAUCUGAUAGUAAACGGAGACAUUUAUUCUAUUACAACGCAUUGAACUAAGCACAUUUCAUGUGUAUAUUAACGCUCGCUUUAUGCACGAUUCGGGAUUACAAACGUCGUACAUUAAUCGCGCGUGAAUUAUCAAGCGUAUAUUGUAUUUUUAAUUCAUCGCUUUAUACAGUAGAGGGCAUAACAAAACCCCUAUCUUUCUUGCGUGGUCGGUAAUUCAGUACUGAAUUACAGUUUUGUACCUCGUCUGUAAUAUGAAAUUAAAAACGUAUAAAAAUCAUUUCUCCAGAACAGUAUACAUUCUUUAAUGUAAUACCAGUUCCACAAUUUACAUAUAAUACAACUUAUAAUUUUCGUAUUCUAUUAGGAAUUCAGAAAUGUAUGUAGUAUAUGUUUAUUGCUUACAUCUGUUAUAGCUAAAGCAAUCAGGUUGUUGUAACACUUUAUAGGAAGUGGCAUAAGAACCAUAUAUGGAUAUGAAAGAAACGUAAUCUUCUAUUGUUUACAAUUUUAAUGUAUGUUCUUAUAAUAAAUGUAUUUUACGAGAUCCACAGAUAAAUUUUGUACACUUUACUCGAUAAAUCAUAAUUGAAAUAAUUUGUAUAAUAAUGUUCUAAUGAAUAUGAUUGAAUCGAGUUGGUCAGCUGAUCAACGCUGCGCAAUCGCAGUUGCGCGACUGACUAGACUCAAAAGAACAAGUUUGCAGUUUUAAAUGACGCAUAAACUUAUAUGUGUAUAUGCAUAAUAAAAAAAGCUGACUUUUAAAAGCAAAACUAUAACUAUUGAAUUGAAGUAAAACACAUUGUGAUCGGUGUAUAAACAGCGUUCGACAAAAUUAGUGAAAGAAGAUUUUAUCAUAUUACGCCAUGUUCGCCGAUGUGGAAAAAGUAUUCCAGAUGUAUCACAGAAUUUCUACACAUGUCUAUAUUGAAAAUUUCUAAUCUACAUCGAAACAAUGCUCAAGAUUUUACUAAGAACAGUACGAGAUUCAUUUUAAAGUACAAACCUCGAUACAAGUAAAUUGAUUGCAUAUAUGCGGAACGAUAU